AAGUAUGUUUAAUGCUUGUUUGAGGCUUCUUUUUGUAAAGUUUCAGUUCAGUGAAAUAGAUUUUUUUUAAUAAUCCAAAAUUAUUUCUAAUAUCGUAACAGUAGGAGGGCCUAGGUGAAGGGGAUUGUGACAGAGUUUAGUUGACGUGGCUUCAAUUGGUUAAAGUCUCAAAGUUUUAGUGAAAGUUAUCUGAUAGAUAUGACAAUUUCACUAUUAAAUUGUUGAAACAUAUAUAUAUAUUGGAGUCUGAAAAUUCAAGAAGGGAGAUUUCUCAAUAUUGAUUCAGCAGCUCUAGUCCUAUUCCUAUUUUUAAUUUUUUUGAAAUCAACAAAAGACUAGAACAUUAUCAGACUCGAAAAGAUAUCAAGUAGAACAUUUUAUUGAAGCUCAAAGCCUGCAUCAAUACAUCAGAGAUUGAAAUUAUCGAAUCACACAAUUACCUCAAAAAAUAGUUCUAAACUGACGUUCGAGAUAUGAAAUCAAUUGUAUCCUCUAAGAAGUUUUCUUUAAUCUUUGAAGAUUUCUGAUGGGAUAUAAUUUUGUAAUUGAAAUAGAAUUCUCUAAUGAGAAAAAAUGAAAUUCCCAUCUCUAUAUGACUUGUAAUACAUUAAAAUUUAUCGAACAUCAAGGUAUCUUUUUUUUCUUGUCUUUAAGAUAUUACAUAUCUUUUAUCUUUAUGUGAAUACGGUGAUCUACAUUUACGUGGUGCAUGUGCAAAUUUACUUGUUACAUUAAUUCAAACAACAAUUCAUCUUUUAACACUAUCAUCAUUAUCAAAUUCAUUUAAUAAUUCUUUUAUUAAUGAAUGUUCACUUAUAUCAACUGAUUCACAAGAUAGUUCAAGUCAUGCGUUUACAAUCAUAGGAAUUGAAUUAUUAGAAGAUUCUAUUCAACAUACUACAAGUUCCUGUAUUCUUGCUAAAGUUAGUCUAGCUCAACUUAUAGAUGAUAUUGAUUUUCGAAUAUUAACUUAUCUUGAACAACAACAAGUAAGACAACAGUACCCUGAUAUACGUGUUCGUCAAGCAACUGCUUCGACUUUUGCUAAGUUUGUUGAUCACAAUUCAUUUUUACCUUGUCAAUGGAUAUAUAAAAUUCAUCAUUCAUUACAUGCUCAAGCAUUAACUCGAAUACAAAUUCAUUUUAUUUAUUGUAUUGCUGAAUUUCUUGUUAUGUUAUCACAUGAUACACUUCAUUCAAAACGAGUUAUUAAAAUACAAGAUUUAAUAAAACGUUAUGAUUCACUAUUCGCAAGUGGACAUGAAUCUGAAACACAUGCUUUAGCAGCAUUAGAAACAGUUUUAUAUGAUUUUUUUUCUUUUAUUGUUAAUAGUGUUCAAAUUGAAGAUGAUAAAUGGGAACGUCUUUCACGACAAAUUGAUCAAUCACUUUUGGAUAUUUACUCCACACAAUUAACAUUAUUUGAUGUUGUCUCAUCAGCUGCAUUACGAUCAAUUGAUCCAUUUGUUAUUGCUUUUCGAGCAUCGAAUGUCAAUUGUCAAUCUACAAAUCGAUAG